GUAGUCCCCUCCCUCCCUGCCCUGGUAUACAUGCUGCUCGGACUCCCUGUCGACAUCACUUCACAGUCAUUCGCGAUCCGAUCAGCUCCAGAGCGAGAUCCCGCCUCACUGAAGUGUCCCGUGCUGAGAAGGUCCAAAGGCACCAUGCUUCCAAGACCUCUAUACCUGCUUCUUGCUGGGAUUCUACUGAUCAGCUUCAGCCAUGCGCAGCAAAUCAGAGUGAGGAGACAGAACAUGAAAGUGCGCAUCAAUGCGACCGGAGACACCAUCGUGCUGAAGUUCGUGCGGCCCAGUCCUGACAUGAAGCUGGAGGGCUACAUCCUGGGCUACGGGAGCACCAUGUUCUCGCGGCAGUACAUCGAGCUGCCCAGAGACGGGGAGCCGUACGAGUCGGAGAUGGAUGCAGAACCCAAGUAUCUGAUUGCAGUGCAGCCUAUUGCCACCAAUGCCGUGAAGAAGCAGUGCUCAGGAAAAAUGAACCUGGAUAAGCCCCUUCACCUGGUGAUCGGUACGGUGUCCCCCACGUCCGUGCUGCUCUCCUGGGGAACCUUACUGAAGACGCCCUACGAUGGAAGCGCAAUGAACGAUUGUCUGGAGGAUGGGUACUACACUGUCCGGUACAGGGAGAGGAACAGGAAGUGGAAUUAUCAGACUUGCCCCACCAGCAAUACGGUCAUUGACAACCUAAAGCCCAACACGCCGUACGAGUUUGGCGUUCGGCCCAGCAAGAAUGAGCGUAUGGGCACCUGGAGCAAGUCCGUCCUUCACAAUACCGGCGUAGAUGACAAAGGCGUGCCGAAGCCCUUCAAGCCGAGGGUCUCCAACAUGAAGCCGGUGAAGCCAGUGACUGGAACCCAUGAACACUUAUCCCCUAAUGGCCUGCAGAACGGGACACUGCACACAGAAACAGCCCCAGUGAGGAAUGGAUUUCCCAGCACUCCAAAGACCUCCUAUGUGCUACCUUCAGGCCGUCUGGAAACAUCCCCCAUCCCAAGAACCACUCUGCCUCACUGGGUUCAGUUGACACCUGGAAGGGCAAGUUCAGUUACAAACGUGUCACAGCAGUCAGGGGGAGCUCCUCCUACCACGAAUCUCCUCCGCAGCUCCACUGCACAUGUCCCAACUCCCUUUCCAAAUCACCAGGGGCGAGCCCAGCCCAGAGUACCCCGUCCCACUCGGAAGUUCUACAACCCUUCUGCUGUUGGCGAGUCUUGGGAAGGACUCUCUCUGCUCACGUCCACCCCCACCUACGAGCCACCACAUGAUGAUGGCUGGGGUACAAAUGCGCGGAGAAACUUGACCUCGUCCACAGCACUUGUCCCUCAGAACUCAGCUGUUACCAUGGCAGCCAGAAACCUGACAACGUCACGAGACAGUGCUGUUCUUUUCUCGGCCUCUAACAACAUGAGGCAACAUUUCCCACCCAGGUCGACUAAUUCUUCCCAGACCGUGAUGACACACGGGGUUAAUGGUGAACACCUUAAAGGAUUCUCUCUUCCCAUAUGGUCCGGAUUGCAAUUGGCAAACAACUCCCUGGAAGACAUAAAGCCUGGGGUCCGUGAUGGUAUUGGCCAAUCAAGGCCUUCGAGUGGCGAUCCACGCUAUGGAUCUUCUUCACAGAGCAACACUGUCCCAGGCAACAAGAAGAUCAACCAGGUUGGAAAGCCUGGAGAUAAGGGAAAGGCCACCGACCUGAAGCAAACAGACAUGUCUGCAUUCCCGAAGCCAAACUUACCUCCUGCCACGCCAAAGCCCACCAAGCAGGAGCAUAGAACAACAACACCGGUUGCUCCAGCGUCUAAUGGUAGCCAGUUUGACAUUCGAGACAACUCCCCCGUGUUCAGCAACCGGCCCAUCUCAGAGGUGGAUGCAAUGGGGAAGAAACGCUUUGUGGCUCCUCAUGUGAUCUACAAGACGGACAAGAAGCAGGAUGAACCCUGCUCCAUUACCACCUCCCUCAGCCACUUCUCAGACGAGGAGGGAGGGGAGCAGAACGUCACUGGCCCCCCCAAGAUGGCACCUUCUAACCUCACAGUGGUGACGGUGGAGGGAUGCCCAUCCUUUAUCAUCUUGGACUGGGAUAAAACGGACAAUGAGACCACAGAGUAUGAAGUAAUCUCCACGACAAAAGGUCCAGAAGGUGAGGAAGUCUCCAUACUGACCACCAAUCAAACGCACACAGCUGUGGAGAACCUCAGGCCAGAAAGAAGCUAUGAGUUCAAAGUAAAACCAAAGAAUGAACUUGGAGAAGGCCCAACUACUGAGCCGGUGUCAUUCAACACAGAGUCAGCGGACCCUCGAGUGAGCGAGAAUGUUUCAGGUAAAGACGCCAUCUGGACUCAGUUUCCCUUCAAGUCGGACUCCUACUCUGAGUGCAAUGGGAAGCAGUACGUGAAGAGGACCUGGUAUCGCAAGUUUGUCGGCAUCCAGCUUUGCAAUUCCUUGCGAUACAAAAUCUACCUGAGUGACUCCCUUAAUGGAAAAUUCUACAACAUUGGGGACCAGACAGGCCAUGGUGAGGACCAUUGCCAAUUUGUGGACUCCUUCCUUGAUGGGAGGACAGGAAGCCAGCUUCUGGCAGACCAGCUUCCCCCACGACCAGGGUACUACCGAGCGGUGAGACAGGAACCCGUCCACUUUGGCCAGAUAGGAGGAAACUCCCACAUCAGCUAUGUGGCAUGGUACGAGUGCGGGACGCCAAUACCUGGGAAGUGGUGAGAAGAUAGAAGGUGUCUAAGGAUGAGCCACUGAAGAGGCCUCGUCAGGCACGGGGUGGGUGGGACUUUCCCCAGGAAGUGUCCCAGAAUGCCACAGCGAUAGCCACACCCACCCUGCCUAGUUACAAAAUGCAUACAGAAAUGACUUGAGGGCACCUGUAAUAUGUUACGCCUGCUUAGUCAUUGUCGGUAUUUAUCAAAUGGGACAAACGAGAAAAGGACAGAAAAGCAAAGCAAUAACUUCACAGGAAUUAUGAAACGACAGAGUAGAUCAGUUGUACAAAACACUGGGAAGCUGGCUCCCUGAAACUGUUCAAAUCUUGUAUAUUGUUAUUUAUCUAAAGGAUGUAAUUAAGUGUUAAUUAUGCUUUAGCCAGUGGGGUUGUGAGGUACAGUACUUAAGGGGAUGAGAGAGAACAA